UCAGAUGGAUGAUCGAAGGCAAAGCACUAUUCAUCAGAAAUAUCACAUAUCAAUCGUUUCCUUAUCUCUUUCCAAAAGAAAUUCCACCUGCGCCUAUGAUGAUGAGAGGUGUUCUCUUAACGAUUUGUUGUUCUUAUAUAGGAGAUGAAUUGAUUGAAGGCAAUUGCCGGCAACUCUUUUUGGUUUUGCCGCCACAGUCCAAGCAGAAAAGAACUUGUUUGCUGCCACACUCCAAGCGAAUAAAAUAGGGCUGGGACCACUGAGUAAUGCUAAAUGUACUAUUGCUAUAAUGAAGAGUUUGUAGAUGCGUUGAGAACGCUCUUGCUUCUCUCUAGGCUUUUCACGCACCAACGGGCGGAAAUACCUGGAUCGCACGAACUGCUCUUGCUCUCUUAGAUUUUUUUUUCACGAUUAUUUCCAGAUUUCUUCAGUCUCUCAGCUAGGAAUUCGAAUCUCUAUCUUAUCUAUCAGUUGGAUUUCAUAGAAAUCGAUUACUAGAGUUUAAGAGAGGAAUUUCGGUGCUAGAGUUCGCGAAAAGCACUGGUCACCUCAGAUUUGUGCAUUCUGAUUUCUCCUACAAAUCGGGCGAUUGAGUGAGAAGAAGGAAGAUUGUCUGGGGGUCGCCGCCCUCUGGCGUACCUCCCCGGCCUGGUCUCAUCCCUCAUUUCACACUGUAACUUGAGAAACGUGGGAAUUGCUGAAAACAAGUACUGUUCAUCGCAGACUAGGGAAUUCCAGAUUUCUUCAAGUUCUGACGAUUACUCUCAAAUUCAAAGCCAGUGUGGGACUUAUCUUGGUGAAACGAAGCCAUUUAAUUUAAGCACUUUGGUUCAGUAUGGGACAGGAAUUGGGGCUUUGAUUACUAUUGAUUUUCUUGAGUUACCGAUACUUGUUUUGAGCAUCUUGUCUGUGCUUUUUAUUGUUAUCUGGCUAUACUAUGAGGUCUUUACUCGGUGCCUCCCUGUUGAUCAGACUAUCAUUUCCGAUUACUAACCACACAAGUGUAGUGCUUGUUUUACUGCUCUAAGCAGUUCAUACUUGUUGUUUUGCUCAUACUAACUAUGCAGGCUGCUAACCUGAACUAAGGGGAUUACCCCUUAAGUUAUAUUUCUGGUUUUUUCUUUAGUUAUUCUCCAUGACAAAGAAAAAUAAGCAGCAGAGGACCCCUCCUGCAAAGGAUAAACUGUUCGAGCAAAAAACAAAGUAUCUCAACGAAAAGCAAGCUGCCAAAGCUGCAAUUCAAGCUGAGAAUAUGAUAAAGAAAGGAGUGUUCAAGGAGGUUUUACCUAUUGAUGCUCCUGUUUUUUCUUCUAACUCCACUGAAGCUACUGAGAUGCUGGGAGUUGAAACUCAUACUGAGGUGUCAACUGGGGAUGCUGGACUGAUUAGUUGCAUUGAGGAGCUUCCUGACCCGGAUAAGGAAGAGGGACUUGGCAAUAUUGAUGCUGCAUCAACAACACCUGUGCUCCCUCCAACUAAAGCAGUAGCUUCUCAGGGGUUAGGUGUCGUAGGUUCUUAUGCGGAGGCAUUAUUGGGAGGUGCAAAUGCUGAAAUUGCUAAUACAAUUAGAGAACAGGAGACUAGGGAAGCCUUGGCAGAGAAAAUGAAGAAGCAAGGAACUGUGGGGGAGGCUAUACCACCUGAAACUCUUCCUCUGUCCUUCAAGGCCUCUGUUUCGCCUAUUCAGACACCUGUAAAGGCUCUGAUUCAUGCAGAAGAGUCACAGGCAUCACAGGGGUCAGUUGGGGCUACCUCUUGGGGUUCAGAUGGAUGAUCGAAGGCAAAGCACUAUUCAUCAGAAAUAUCACAUAUCAAUCGUUUCCUUAUCUCUUUCCAAAAGAAAUUCCACCUGCGCCUAUGAUGAUGAGAGGUGUUCUCUUAACGAUUUGUUGUUCUUAUAUAGGAGAUGAAUUGAUUGAAGGCAAUUGCCGGCAACUCUUUUUGGUUUUGCCGCCACAGUCCAAGCAGAAAAGAACUUGUUUGCUGCCACACUCCAAGCGAAUAAAAUAGGGCUGGGACCACUGAGUAAUGCUAAAUGUACUAUUGCUAUAAUGAAGAGUUUGUAGAUGCGUUGAGAACGCUCUUGCUUCUCUCUAGGCUUUUCACGCACCAACGGGCGGAAAUACCUGGAUCGCACGAACUGCUCUUGCUCUCUUAGAUUUUUUUUUCACGAUUAUUUCCAGAUUUCUUCAGUCUCUCAGCUAGGAAUUCGAAUCUCUAUCUUAUCUAUCAGUUGGAUUUCAUAGAAAUCGAUUACUAGAGUUUAAGAGAGGAAUUUCGGUGCUAGAGUUCGCGAAAAGCACUGGUCACCUCAGAUUUGUGCAUUCUGAUUUCUCCUACAAAUCGGGCGAUUGAGUGAGAAGAAGGAAGAUUGUCUGGGGGUCGCCGCCCUCUGGCGUACCUCCCCGGCCUGGUCUCAUCCCUCAUUUCACACUGUAACUUGAGAAACGUGGGAAUUGCUGAAAACAAGUACUGUUCAUCGCAGACUAGGGAAUUCCAGAUUUCUUCAAGUUCUGACGAUUACUCUCAAAUUCAAAGCCAGUGUGGGACUUAUCUUGGUGAAACGAAGCCAUUUAAUUUAAGCACUUUGGUUCAGUAUGGGACAGGAAUUGGGGCUUUGAUUACUAUUGAUUUUCUUGAGUUACCGAUACUUGUUUUGAGCAUCUUGUCUGUGCUUUUUAUUGUUAUCUGGCUAUACUAUGAGGUCUUUACUCGGUGCCUCCCUGUUGAUCAGACUAUCAUUUCCGAUUACUAACCACACAAGUGCAGUGCUUGUUUUACUGCUCUAAGCAGUUCAUACUUGUUGUUUUGCUCAUACUAACUAUGCAGGCUGCUAACCUGAACUAAGGGGAUUACCCCUUAAGUUAUAUUUCUGGUUUUUUCUUUAGUUAUUCUCCAUGACAAAGAAAAAUAAGCAGCAGAGGACCCCUCCUGCAAAGGAUAAACUGUUCGAGCAAAAAAUAAAGUAUCUCAACGAAAAGCAAGCUGCCAAAGCUGCAAUUCAAGCUGAGAAUAUGAUAAAGAAAGGAGUGUUCAAGGAGGUUUUACCUAUUGAUGCUCCUGUUUUUUCUUCUAACUCCACUGAAGCUACUGAGAUGCUGGGAGUUGAAACUCAUACUGAGGUGUCAACUGGGGAUGCUGGACUGAUUAGUUGCAUUGAGGAGCUUCCUGACCCGGAUAAGGAAGAGGGACUUGGCAAUAUUGAUGCUGCAUCAACAACACCUGUGCUCCCUCCAACUAAAGCAGUAGCUUCUCAGGGGUUAGGUGUCGUAGGUUCUUAUGCGGAGGCAUUAUUGGGAGGUGCAAAUGCUGAAAUUGCUAAUACAAUUAGAGAACAGGAGACUAGGGAAGCCUUGGCAGAGAAAAUGAAGAAGCAAGGAACUGUGGGGGAGGCUAUACCACCUGAAACUCUUCCUCUGUCCUUCAAGGCCUCUGUUUCGCCUAUUCAGACACCUGUAAAGGCUCUGAUUCAUGCAGAAGAGUCACAGGCAUCACAGGGGUCAGUUGGGG